UUUUUUUUGUUGCUUUCUCUCUCUCUCUCUCUCUCUCUCUCUCUUUUUUCUCCCUCUCCUCCCACCUUACUCUACUUCUUCAUACGCGUACAAAGUAAUCCUCAAAAUUGUACUUUUUUCUUUUUCUACUGUUUUGAAUUAUUUACAUAAAUACGUUAGUAUUGUCGUUAGUAUUGUAUUAUUGUGUCUGUGAUCGAUCAUGUAUAUGAAGCCAAGGAUUUUGCCGGUUCCAUUGGAAUUACAAUUCCAUGCGCAACUUCAUCAUCAUCAUCAACAACAUCAACAAAUGCUCUACAGGCAGCAACAACUUGCUCUUCGUCGUAAUAUAUCAGAGGACGUACAGAUCACAAAUAGAUGGCCCGUAGCGUAUCUCGGUGGGGGACCACCGCUUCCGGGUGACGUUAAGGUCGAUUUGCAAAAUCGAAAACUAUGGAAACAAUUUUACGCCGAAACUACGGAGAUGAUCAUAACGAAAUCUGGACGGCGCAUGUUUCCAUCGGUCAAAAUUACCGUAAGCGGAUUGGAAAAACGCACUCGCUAUUGCAUACUACUCGAAGUGGUACCGGCGUCAGAUCGUCGACAAAAGUAUGUCGAAAGUGGCGGAGGCGUCGACGAGGCAGACACGAAAAACGGCGGCAGGCUUUCGUCAAGAGGAUGGAUGUCGACGGGUUUUGCGGAGCCACAACCAGAGAUCGAUCGAAGGAUAUACCUUCAUCCAGACAGUCCUGCGACUGGGGAUCAUUGGAUGCAACAAUUACCGAUUAGCUUCAGUAAACUCAAAAUUACCAACAAUUCUGUCGAACAUCAAAACAACAUCGUUCUAACAUCGAUGCACAAAUAUCAGGUACGCAUUUGGAUCAUCAGGUGCGACGAUCUAACACGAAUUAAAGACUUUCAUAAUUAUCCCUCAUCGGCAUUCACAUUCAAGGAGACAGAGUUUAUAGCGGUUACGGCUUAUCAGAAUGAAAAUAUUACGAAAUUAAAGAUCGAUAAUAAUCCAUUCGCAAAGGGUUUCCGUGACUCUGGUCAAUCUCGAUGCAAAAGAAAAUUCCCGAGGCAAAACAACGAACAGGAAGAAGCAAAUCGAUUGUCUAACGAAGAAGAGAUAGCUACUUCCUUGGAAUCAACGCAACGAUCGACAAUGGCAACAACAGGAGGAUCACCAAGCGAGAAUGAAAGUCUCGACGAAAGCGAAUUGAGCGGUUCCGAAGAUAGGAGUUCUCAUUCGUCUAUUAAAAAUCGUCGUUUAAAUGAUCAAAAUGAUCAGCCAAAAUUACAUCGACCUUGGACAAACGAUUCUAUGCCACGUCCAUCAUCGAUGGUCGUUACAUUACCAAUCGCUCCUGUUAUUUCACCAUCAACUUUCACCGAUUUAAUACCUAUAGAAUCAUAUUUACGAUUAUCUCAUAGAUUUCAUUCGUUAACAUAUUAUCCACAGUAUCAUUGAUAAGCGUAUAAUUUCCAUUAAUUUUAAUUAAUAUUCGCUCGUAGGAUUUUCUAUUCAUUUGUCAUUGAGUGAAAAAAUUUUUUCCAUAUUCUUUUUUUCUUUUUCUUUUUUUUUUUUUUUUAAUUCCUUUUUCUCUCGUUCUUCUUCUUUUUUCUUUGUCAAUAAUAUCGAAUUAUCGGUCAUCGGAAUAUUCGUAACUAUCGUCAUUAAAAUUAAUAUACAUUGUUUGUAUGUAUCUAAAUGUAAAAUAAUAAUGAUUAAUGUAAAGGCUAGUGAGGUACUAGUAAAAUCGUGAAAAUCGAAAUUAUCGUCAUAUUUUUUAAGUUAACAUACAAUCGUUACCAAAGAUACAUAUAGUAUACUUGUCGGAUAUAUCAUACCAAUUAGACGACAUAAAAUGGCAAUAAGUAAGCGAGAAGAUUUUUAUUGUAAAUUAUUUCUUUCUUACUUCCAUCUUCUUCGCUUACAUUUAACAAAGUAUCUAGUUUCUAAUAAGGAGACAAAAAAUAACUAGUUAAUUGAAUAUAAGUACCUAUAUAUAUAUAUGCACAUACAAUUAUAUAUAUGUAUAUUAAUU